CCGCUUUGACCCACACACAACCUAGAAAGCCACGAGUCGCAAACAACUUCCCACGAAUGUGAAAAAGAUUAAGCGGUAUUUCCAGCGAAGAACGAUCGUCAACAAGCUCCGUACUACUUUUGGCUAUGUCGCCCACAGCAAAGCCUCCAUCUUCGCCGGCUGGAGCGAAGCGCCCUGCGUCCGACAGCGACCGCGGCAUCUCCCCGCCCCCGCCCAAACGCAAGGCCCAGGCUGCCAUCUCCAAGAGCGCGGUCGCGAAUUUUUUCACCCCGACAUCCCAGAAGGCGAAAGAACGGACGACGUGGACAGAGAGGAGUCCUGAAGACAACUCCCGUGCAACAUUGCUCGUCGCGAAGUACGUCUCGGAGAAUGACGAGCCCGGCGCGGCGGAGGCGACUCGGUCAAAACGGCGGAAGAUAGCCGCAUUCGACCUCGACUCAACCCUGAUCACGACUGCGUCGGGGAAGCGCUUCUCCGACGGUGUCGGCGAUUGGAAGUGGUGGCAUCACUCAGUUCCCGGCCGUCUUUGGAACCUAUAUCAUGAGGAAGGGUAUCAAGUGGUUAUCUUCACCAACCAGGGAGGAUUGGAUCUCCACCCCGACAAAUCAAAAGGGCCAAAGAUGGCGAAGUACAGGGUCACCGCGUUCAAACAGAAAUGUAACGCCGUACUCAGUCAGCUCGAUAUACCGAUGACCUUGUAUGCUGCGACGGCGAAAGACAUCUACCGCAAACCGCGUCCUGGGAUGUGGAUGGAGAUGAAGCGCGAUUACGAGUUGACCGACUCUGAUAUCGACCACGAGAACAGUGUAUUCGUUGGCGACGCCGGCGGCCGUGUCGCUGAGCUGAAGGGCGGUCGCAGCGCCGCUCCAAAAGACUUCAGCUGCUCCGAUCGGAACCUCGCCCACAACGUUGGCAUCAAGUAUCAAACCCCGGAAGAGUUCUUUCUCGGAGAGGAGCCGCGCGACUUCUCGAGAGAUUUUGACCUGGCCAACUUUCCUUUCGUCGAGGAGGAAGGAGACGAUGGCCUGCGCCUCGAGAAGGCGAACGACAAGGACCUCAUACUUUUCGUCGGUCCACCAGGGGCCGGCAAGAGCACCUUCUACUGGAAGUACUUGAAACCGUUAGGAUACGAGAGAGUCAAUCAGGAUACUUUGAAAAGCAAGGACAAAUGUUUCAAGGCUGCAGCCGAUUUCCUCCGGAAAGGAGACUCCGUGGUUGUCGACAACACAAAUCCCGAUGCCGAUACUCGUUCACAAUGGGUGGCCCUUGCACGCAAACACAACGUGCCGAUCCGAUGUCUCUGGUUCAGAACCCCGCUGCAGUUGUGCGAACACAACGAUGCUGUGCGAUCUCUGAACAAGAAGCUGAAUCCCGAAGGCCGCCAGGGCCUCCCGAAACUUGCCUUCAGCGGGUUUGCGUCGCGCUUCAAGGAGCCAAAGGUCGAGGAAGGGUUUCAGGACGUCAUCCCUAUACAGUUCAAGUUCAGAGGGACGAGGGAUGAUUACGACAUCUGGGGCCGGUACUGGCUCUGAGAAGUGGCGAUAACCGUGCCAGCAAUUGUUCUAAACUGAGGCCUUGCCUCCUUUUACGCAGUUUAAGCCAUACCAGGUAUCGGUGAUCGAGGGUCGGCCGUAGGGGAACGGUUGAUGCCUCCGGGCGAUCCAUUGAAUGCUGGUAGGCGGUACAAUACCCCACGGCCCACGAGGGGCCGAUCCUGGAAACCCCCCCAUUGAUUACAGUACUCUGACAG